AUGGCUGAGAAGGCCUACGAAAAGCCAACCUUGACAAUUUCAGGAAAAUCGCAAAUGGGAAAGGGCUACAAAUACUUUUCAGAGGCAUAUAUCCACGGACUGAGGGUUGUACCUACUGGUAAUGGCGAUGUGCGCGUCACUGCAUUGUGUUACCGAUCGCAGAGGAAAAAUGAAUCGCCGCAUCAAGUUGAGAUAUAUUUCAGUUGUGAUCCACUAACUGUAGAAACUGCCACCUGUUCCUGUGCCAUUGGUCAGUGCCAUAGCUGUGGCCACAUCACAGGUGUUAUGUACCAGAUAGCUAACUACAAGACCCUUGGUGUCACUGCCAUCCCUGAUGAUGUCUGCAAAACUUCACUUCCCCAAACCUGGCAUCUUCCAAGAGGAGAAAAAAUCAAGGGAGCUCAGUCAGAUAAUAUUGUUGUUCAAGGGUACGACACUGACAACCCUACUCGUAUCACCAAAGGUGUUCAAUCCAACCUUUACAAUCCUUUGCAAUCACCACUGCCACCAAUCCAGAACUUAGUUGAUUCACUAAGGGAUAAACUUAUUCAGGGAACCAUUAUUAAUGAUGAUAGCCACACAUCCUUUCCUGACCUCCCACUCAACAACAGCAUUGGUCCCUCAAGUAUUCCAUCAGAUCUCAGUGAUUCACAAAAGGUCAACUUAGAAGCUCUCUCUGUGACUUAUGAACAAAGUAUUGAGAUUGAGAAAUCCACCCAGGCACAAUCAUCUGACCCAAAAUGGCGUAAGGUCAGACAAUCCAGAUUGACUGCAUCUGUUGCUGGUUCAAUCAUAAAGAAGAAAAGAGGUUUUGAGAACUAUGCCACCAGCCUUAAGACUGGAAAGAAGAUCACAACAGCACCAAUGAGACAUGGUCUUGCAUGUGAACCCACUGCAGCCCAAGUCUAUGCUGACAUGCAAGAUGCUACAGUGAAUAUGUUCAGGUGUGGUAUUGUUAUCAGCCCUUUCUGUUCCUGGCUUGGAGCAUCACCAGACAGAAAACUCUACCAUCCCAGUCGAACGCCACCGUAUGGCCUACUGGAAAUUAAAUGUCCAACUAAUCCCAAAUCAAGAUUAGACUACUUGCAUGUGUCUGAUGGUCAGUUUCAACUUAAAACAAACCACAACAUCUACUACCAAAUCCAGAUGCAGUUGGCUGUGACUGGCCUCACAUGGUGUGACCUGUUUGUGUGGCAUGAGGAAGAAACUGGAACAGAUGAGGGAACGACGAGAGCUGCAGAGCAGGCAUCUGUAAGAAGGAGAGAAAAACAGAGUAAUGGCAGUGAACGAAUGCGAGAAGUGUGUGAUGAUGAAAGUGGCGAGAGUGAUCAUGUGACAGUUUGUAACAGGUGUGGACUGAGAGACCCUGUGGAUGCGAUUCUCGGUGCUGUGGACGGAACACUUAUUCCAAUCAAACGACCUUCACCAAACGAGGAAGCCGCCUUCGUAUUCCGCAAGGGAUACCAUGCAAUCAAUGUGCAAGCGAUAUGCGACAGUUCUCUCCGUUUUACCAACGUGGUGGUCAAGUGGCCUGGUUCAACUCAUGACACCCUGAUAUGGAGUAACAGUCAAGUUGGCAUAAAGAUGGAAGAAACUGCACCUGAUGGCUGGCUACUUGGUGAUUCAGGGUAA